AUGAAGGUAAAGGCUUAUCAAAUCCGAAGCAAGUCCGAGAAGGAGCUUCUCACUGAUCUCGACGAGCUCAAGCAGAAGCUCGUCUCUUUGAGGGUCUCCAAGGCUCUUUCCAGCACUGCCGGCAAGGUUGCUGAGAUCAGGACUGUUCGUAAGAACAUCGCCCGUACCUUGACUGUCUACAACCAGGCCAGGAAGGAUGCUGCUCGCGCUUCCUUCGCUGGUAAGAAGUACGUGCCCUUGGAUCUCCGCUCCAAGCUCACCCGUGCUAAGCGUCGUGCUCUUACCCCUGCCCAGUACAACAAGAAGACCGCUAAGGAGCAGACCCGCAAGGCCAACUUCCCCAUGAGGAAGUACGCCGUCGCUGCCUAA